ACAGUACCAGUAGGAGUUUUUUUGCAGAUAUAGAGUGAAGUUGAAUCUGGCCAGUAUUUGUCUAAUUGGGCUUGCAUUGUGUGUGUUCUUCUUUCAACCUUGGAGGAAUGCUCCAAAAUUCAACUAAUCAAAGUGUGCCGGAGUUUUCGAGUGUCCGGAAGAUCGGCUCCCCUUAGAUUACGCCAAGAUUUACCCUGACGACAAGAUGUCAGAAGAGAUCAUGUCACUGGCGGUUCGCUGCUCUUUCUACAAAGAUGGCUGCAAGUGGAUGGACAAGCUAAAAAUACUGCAGCCCCACCUGGAGUCCUGUGCAUACAACAUGGCCGCCUGCACAGAGUGCUCGGCGAUGGUUGCUAGGAACCAUUUGAAGGACCAUCGACAGUUUGACUGUCCUAAGAGAAAUACGACAUGUGAGUUCUGUGGUGGUCAGUUCCCUGGACAGAGAAUGGAGCAUCAUACGGGGCGAUGCCAGCUCGAAGUCGUCUUCUGUGAAAACAAGUGUGGGGCUCAGCUGCAACGCAGAUACAUCAACGCUCACAUGAUGAACGAAUGCCCCAAGAGACAGAUACCGUGCAAAUACUGCAGCAAAGAAUUCAUCUUUGAUACAUUACAGAGUCAUCUCCAUCAGUGUCCCCGGUACCCCGUCUGCUGCCCUAACCGCUGCGACUCGGCCAAGAUCGCCAGGGAAGAGGUUGACAAACACAUGAAGGAUGCGUGUCCGUCUUCCAUGGCUAGCUGCCCGUUCGUCCAACAUGGCUGCAAACACAGGGGUCCAAGGUACACCAUGGAAAGACAUCUCAACGAGAACACGAAGGAGCACCUCAAUCUGACGUGUCACGUCGUCCGCCGUCAACAGAAACAAAUCCACGACCUCCGCGCGCAGCUAGACACUCUCUCCAUAAACAUGGACGGCAAGUUGCUCUGGAAGAUCACAGACUAUGCCUCCCGGUUUGCAAAAUCCAAGCUGGAGGACGAGUACGAGCUCCGCAGUCCUGUCUUUGCAACCAGCCGUAACGGCUACAGGCUUCAGGUCUCCGCCUUCCCCAACGGCAACGGGUCCGGCGAGGGCACGCAUCUGUCCAUCUACAUCCGGACGGUCAGCGGGGAGAACGAUUCCCUUCUUCGUUGGCCCUUCAUCCACCCCAUCUCCUUCACCUUGCUUGACCAGGCCGAGGACGGACUGAAGCCGUCCCACGUCAAGGAGUGCUUCACCCCCGACCCAACUUGGAAGAACUUCCAGCGCCCAAGUAGGGAUGUGUACACGCUCGGGUACGGCUACCCGACAUUCGUCUCGCACGUUUUCCUCAAGACCAAGAACUACAUCAAAGACGAUACCCUUUUCAUCAAAGUAGAGGUGGACUGCUCCAAGAUUAACAACAUCAUUUGAAGAGAAAUAGAGUCCAGCCAUUGGUCAAACAGCCACUCGUUGCCUUGGCGACAGUGUAACCGUGGUGAUGAUUCUAUACGAGCAAGACUUUGUCUUCAAAGGAAUACUGUCAAAAGUUAACAACUUUGUCUGAAAUUUAUUCCAGUUUUGUUUUUGGGCGGUCGUCUUUGACACAGAUAUUCAGACCCAAUGUGUAAAAACAUUGUUCUUGUGUUUCUGCAAGACUUAUGUCACAUAACCAAAUAUAACUAUAAAGAGUUGAACAUUAACAUUCAUCCAACAUACCUCACAUAUUGAAAAAGUAAGUUCUCAAAGCUUCAUUAAAACAUCUUUUUUGUACAGUUUGUACAAAACUGAAGACUUAGUUUUAUGUUACCUAUUGUGUUUAAAACCCAUGUCUAAAAAAAAUCUUUUCAGACGGGUGAACAUAUAUAGACAUCAAAUUUCAUUGGAAGUGAAAAAAAAGAAGUGUUUUGUAAGUUACUUGUACUUUCAUGUAAAAAGAAAUACCACCUAUACAUAUAAGCUGCAUUCUUCCAUUAAAUAAAAUAACCUGUAAAUAUUACUUUUCAGUAAUUUACAAAGGGAAAUAUGUGUUAUAUACUUACAGAUCCAGAAAAGGAUCCAUUGUGAAGAAAGAUGUAUUUCUUUGAAUAAUGUUAUGUCACUUUCUGAGUGAUGAAAAAUUAUCCACAGACCAAAACCUGCCCUUACAGGGCGCUACACACACCUAGCAACAACUAGGGGCAAGUUCUAGCAAGGUCCAGUGGUUAACUAGUGGUUGAUUUGUGACGUACCUUACGCCUGCGCACUAAUAGCAACGUGCGAACGUCUCUUGUCAAACGCUGGUCAAAAUGUCAUCGCAAAA